GUGCCAUGGUGGUUACUUUUUUCGUUGUAUUCAGUAUUGGAAUGUGUAUUAUUGAAUUAUCGAUUACUUCGCAUUUCGCAAUCCCCUUCUUUUACGACUUCUGCGCACUCUUUUGUCCAUAGUUGUUUGUUGUUGUUAGUGUUUUUACUCAUCAGUCAUCAGUGAAGAAUAAAUAUCUAUUAUCUAGUGGCUAACUGGCCAGUCAUCGCCCGUCGUGCAUUUGUGUAUAUUGUUUGCUACUCGUACUACAAAAUUAAUAUUAAUUUAUUUUAAAUUGUGGUGUGCUCGUUAUACACGACUAUUGUUGGUUCGUAUUUGUACGUUGACGUUACCACGAAAAUCAUGUCUAUCUGCACGUUUUUAGGCAAGUACAUUUUGUACUUGUUCAAUCUGCUGUGUCUCAUCUCCAGUGUUGGCAUUUUGUCAAUCGCCUUCAUUAUCAAUCAAAAACUAUACAAAUGGUCAAAUUUCAUAAGCACAGAUCUCAUCACCACACCUCAAAUAUUGUUGGCUAUUGGUAUUGGACUGUUUAUUAUAUCCAUCAUUGGUCUAUGUGGUGUGCUGAGAGACAUUGGAUGGCUUUUGACACUGUUUUCCGUUCUGCUUACAAUCGUCUUGAUUGGAGAACUCAUUUUAUCUGGUUUUGUGUAUCAAAUGCGCAAUGAAAUCAAAGAUUAUGCAUUGAAUCAGAUGAACCAUACAAUUUCUGGAUACAAUAAAACUGGUUUUGAAGCCUCCACACAAACUUGGAAUUUGAUACAGGCUGAUAUUGAAUGUUGUGGAAUCUAUGGACCAGAAGACUGGAAACCAGUUACAGCCAAUAAAUUGCCUACGUCUUGUUGCUAUGCCAUACCGCUAGACGGAUUUUGCACAUAUGAUGAAUCAUACAAAGAUGGCUGCUUUGAAAAGUUUGAAAGUAUUCUACAAGAAAAUAGUAAAAUAAUAAUAUGGGCCGCAAUUGGAUUUGCUUUAAUUCAGCUUUUUGCUGUGUUUUUAGCAUGUUGUCGCAAGUGUUCUUUACACAAAGAAUAUGAAACAGUGUAAACAUAAUUAUCAUCAAAGUAUGUAGUUAUUAAUAGAGAAACAUAAAUAAUAUGUACUAUUAAUACCAAUUUAUUUCAUUAUUCCCAACAUUAUUAUUUCUUUCUUUUAUAAAUUAUAAUGUGUUUAGAUUAACUGAUAUAAAAUUUUAAUCGAUAUGAUAUUAAAUUAUCAUUUAUUUUUAUCAAAUUUACAAUAAUCUAUAAUAAUUUUUGGUUGUCUUUUGUAUUCAUUUAUUUUAAAAUGAAUUGUUUAUCAUUUUUAUUUAUCUAAAACUUAAAACUAUCCUUUAUAUUAUUUGCCAUUGUUCUUUACAGAUUAAGCAAAUAUUUGAUAUUAUCAGAUAAUAUCAGCAAUUAAUGUAUGUUUACAAUUUUGACUUAAGUUUUGAAUCUUAAAAUAAUAAAUCAAAUUAUAACAUUGUAUACAAAUAUACAAUAUUAAGUAUUUAUGGAAUGAUUUCUUAUUUCAUACAUUAUUUGCUAUAAUUUUUACACUUUUGUUACUGUUUUUUAAAACUAUACAAAUAAAUACCUAGUUCUACUUAGAUUUACUACUUAUAUUUCUUUAUUGUAUUUAUGUAUUAUACUUCAUUAUCCAUUUUUAUUGAAGUCUUGUUCUCAUGUAGUAAUAUAUUUUACUUUUAAGAUUUUCAUACAAACAGUUGUAUUUGUAUUAUUUUAAAGAUAUUAAAUAUAUUGAUGAGGAA